AUGAAAUUAGAAAGCAUCAGAGAUCUCGAACUCAUCAGCUACGAGUUAGUUGGCAAGAUUGUAUGUGUAGCGUACUUUAAGUUUCUCAAGUAGGUAUCAGCACCACAGACUGCUCAUUAUUGCAUCGUCUACUUCAUACACACUCAAUAGGAAUACAGGAAGCAAGGACACGCGGCAAUACUUACGGGGAUCAUUGUGCACUGCAUGAGAGAGCACUUUUCACUUAGAGCAGCAAAGGAGAACCACAGUUUGAAUGAUUCCAGAAGUUUAAAUUAUGAAGUGAAGAACGACGGUUCUUAGUUUGAACUGUCUACAAAAGUGCAACCACGUCAACAAGAAAAGCCUUAAAAAAAUGAUAGUUUAAGGAACACAGUAGCUCCUUUGAAAAUCGCGGCAAAUUAAUAACAUCAGUGUGCUAUUGAUUUUGAUGAUAAUGCUUUAAUUGCUGAAUCUUCAAUGUCAGUCAUUACUAGUAAGAGCAAAUGGGGAGCUAUCAAUAAACAUUGUACUGUUGAUGGAUGUAGUACUAAAAAAGUCAUUAACUGUAGUAAUUGGCCAAGUCAUGUUAAAAGUCAUGCAACGAUAAGUAUGCUUAAAGAAUCAGUCUGUUUUAUUGCUUGUCGAAGUGCUGAGUGUGAUAUAUGUCCUCUAGUCACCCAAACAGAUACUAAGUAUGGUAAAAAUAUAGUAUUAAUAUGUUCCAUGUGCAUAGAAGAGAAGAGAACUGGUAUCUUUGUCAAGGGUGUGAGUCCAUAUGUGUCUAAUGUACAACGAUUCACUCUAGGCAAGUGGCAUGCUUAAGAAACAUAGAGAUAGCAGUUAAAUGACUCUUUUUAAAGUUAUCUUGAAUAGAAUGCCUAUCUUGACAUCGAUAUGCAGGAUGAAACAAGUCCUCAAUAAUAAUAUCAAUAGUUUUAUAUGCCAAAUGUUCCAUUUGCUAAGAGACAGAAGGUACAAGAUUUCUCUUAUGAAUUCAACGCUUGGUGCCUUUAUCACAUGCACUCCCACUCGAUCGGUAAUUAAUGA